ACAUCUAGAAGCUAUUGUCAAUAUUGGACAAAGAAGAUGUACACCGAUAGUCUUGGGAAAUUUUAAACGCAUUUAGGUGCAACAAUGGCGAGCAAGUUUCUUUGUUUCAAAAUUCAUAACUCCAUCUCAACACUGAAUCCAUAAUAGGGACAAAGAAAGCGCUACUCCGGUCCCUCGACGAAGCCCCCAUCUUUACAAGAAAUCGAUUAUCUCGCGAUGUCUGACGAACCGAAUAGCGAUCCAGAAGAGGAUACUGGGGUCCUCUUUUCGUUUGUAAAUCGGAUUCUCGACCGCGUAACCACAGCCGCGAGCAACAUGGUCUCCUCAUCACCAACGUCUCCUAUAGAAUCACCAAUCUCGCCCCAGGUAUCACCAGUGGUUCCAGGAUCCUUUCCCUUAAUUCAAACUCCUCAAACUCCGCAGCCUCGACCGUUCCUCACCCCUCCUCCCACUCCAAUAAUUGUCAAGAAGAGCGCUUCGUCGCUUCACCACUGUGGCCAAUUCACAUUUUAUUUCCCGCGCUGCAGUCAUGCCACCUCUCAUCUUUUGCACCUAAAUACAUGGUCUGGAACAGCAUGCAACCGAAACUGCGUCUACGAUCGCGGAAACGAUUACUGGUUCUAUGCUGACCAGGGGAGUCAUUGCUCUUAUUGUGGACUGGGAGCACAAUCCGGAAUUGGAAUAAAGCAAACAAUACCCGAAGACAGUAAAGGAAGGGAUAGAGAGCGGUUCUUCGAAGGUUUAGUGAGAAGUGGGAAGAUAUGUGUGGGCUCAGCAGAAGAAGGCGCAAAAGAGGAAUACGAUGCACAUUACGUCCGCGCCGUCCAUCAAUACAACAUCCUCAUCGAUGCACUCCCAACUCUCAACAGCAAAGCACCGAUUUUAUCGUUGGCACAGCUACGCACCAAACGACGAGAAAGAACGCUCGAUCGCUGGGACGUUCGCCGAUUCCGCGCAAAGAGGAGAACAGAAGAAUGGGUUCGAAAUAUCCGCGCCGAGCAAUAUGCCAAGACCAAAGCCCACGUCGAAGUCGGUUCCAGGCCAUUUAUCGUGACCCCUACCGGAAAUCCGCACAUGGAUCUCUACACCGAGGUGUCGAUAAAAGGACUGCCUGUUCCAAUCGAUAAUUGCGCAUGGUGCCAAUUCUCGCUCUCUUCUUCGGAAGCGAUAGCAGAGUCUGGACCGCCGAGUUCGUUGCCUUGCGGGCAUACGUUUCAUUAUAAUUGCAUUGUAGAGCUGUUCGAAAAGAGGACGAAGGCAGGCGAGAAGGAGAAGCAUAAGUGUCCGUUGUGUAGUGUGUGGUUUAGGGAUGUGAGGGAGAUUCCAGAUUUUUAUGGGAGGUAUAGGAAUUCGGAGCAUGUUUUUGAUAGUUGUUGUGAUAGUUCCGUAUUAAGUAAGAGUGAUGCUGGAGAUAUAAGGGGCCAUACAGGGCCGCCGUGGAUGGAAGAAUUGUCGGUGAAAGAUAAGGAGGAGACAGAAGAGGGGGUGGACGCGAUCAGUGAGACCGCGACGUUGGAUCACGUCGAGAUUUUGGAAGGCGCCUCCAAUCAUACUGAGGAGAUAAGUACAGUAAUAGAUCAGACAGUGGAGGACCAAGCAGGAACUGAAAGAAGUGACAGUGGAUACGACAGCCCUUCAGCACAACUUCUAGAAGAGCAAGAGUCUUUGCAUACGGGCUGCAAUGAACCAGAACGAAGUGACUCUUUUGAAGAAGACCACCAAUCAUAUAUCGUCACACUCCGUCUGCCGCCGGGAGUUAUAAGACGUACGUCGCGGCUGAGGAGGCAACCGAGGAGGUUCGCUGAUGAGCCUGGGGGCCCGACUGAGCGAAGGAGGAGUACGAGACGGAGAAUUUGAAACUAGGAUCUAGUCUCAAUGGCCG